GCCUGAGCGGCGGUUCCCCGGUGUGUCGUCACGGCGCGGCGCUGGGCAGCGGCGGGGCCGGGCCGGGCCGGGGCGGGCAGCCGGGGCGGCGGGAAGCAGCUCAGCGCCGGCCAUGGCGCCGCCGCCGCCGCAGAAGGAGAUCGUCUACAACAAGCUGCUGCCCUACGGGGAGCGCCUGGAGGCCGAGGCCGCCCGCUUCCUCGGGCAGAUCAAAGGCAACCUGGCCCGGGCCGUGCAGCUGCAGGAGCUGUGGCCCGGGGGGCUCUUCUGGACCAGGAAGCUCUCGACAUAUAUCCGAUUAUAUGGGAGAAAAUUUAGCAGAGAAGAACAUGUGCUUUUUAUCAAACUGUUGUACGAGUUGGUAACAAUUCCAAAACUGGAGAUCAGCAUGAUGCAAGGAUUUGCACGCCUGUUGAUAAACUUGCUAAAGAAAAAGGAACUGCUUUCCAGGGAUGAUUUAGAGUUACCGUGGAGACCACUUUAUGAAAUGUUGGAAAGGAUAUUGUACUCCAAAACAGAACAUCUUGGAUUAAAUUGGUUUCCCAAUUCUGUAGAAAGUGUUCUGAAAACACUGGUGAAGAGCUGCAGACCUUAUUUUCCAGAAGAUGCCACUGCAGAGAUGCUGGAUGAAUGGAGGCCUUUGAUGUGUCCAUUUGAUGUUACCAUGCAAAAGGCUAUUACCUACUUUGAACUGUUUCUACCUACUACCCUUCCUCCUGAACUUCACCAGAAAGGUUUCAAGCUUUGGUUUGAUGAAUUUAUAGGCCUUUGGGUGUCAGUUCAAAAUCUUCCCCAGUGGGAAGGGCAUCUAGUAAAUCUUUUUGCUCGGUUGGCAACUGACAACAUCGGGUACAUAGACUGGGAUCCAUAUGUACCAAAGAUUUUUACUAGAAUUUUGAGGAGUUUAAAUCUCCCAGUGGGAAGCAAUCAAGUUGUUGUUCCAAGAUUCUUAACAAAUGCUUAUGAUGUAGGACAUGCAGUAAUGUGGAUCACAGCCAUGAUGGGUGGACCAAGUAAAAUAGUCCAGAAGCACUUGUCUGGACUGUUCAAUAGCAUUGCCUCUUUUUACCAUCCUUCAAAUAAUGGGCGCUGGCUGAACAAACUGAUGAAACUGCUUCAAAGGUUACCCAGUGGUGUUGUCAGAAGGUUGCAUCGUGAGCGCUACAAGAAAGUGACUUGGUUAACUCCUGUGCCUGAUAGUCAUAAACUUACUGAUCAGGAUGUUACAGACUUUGUAGAAUGCAUUAUUCAACCUGUUCUUCUGGCUAUGUUUAGUAAAACUGGAAGCCUAGAGGCUGCCCAAGCCCUGCAGAACCUUGCACUGAUGCGUCCUGAAUUAGUAAUUCCACCUGUACUUGAGAAAACAUAUCCUGCACUUGAGACAUUGACAGAACCUCAUCAGCUCACAGCUACCUUAAGCUGUGUAAUUGGAGUAGCUCGUAGCCUGGUGUCUGGGGGAAAGUGGUUUCCUGAAGGUCCAACACACAUGCUACCUCUGCUGAUGAGAGCAUUGCCUGGGGUGGAUCCAAAUGACUUCAGCAAAUGUAUGAUUACAUUCCAGUUCAUUGCAACAUUUUCUACUUUGGUGCCUUUAGUAGACUGUUCAUCAGUAUUGCAAGAAAGAGAUGAUCUUUCAGAGGUGGAAAGAGAAUUGUGCUCUGCAACUGCUGAAUUUGAGGAUUUUGUACUGCAGUUUAUGGAUAGAUGUUUUGGGCUUAUAGAGAGCAGCACACUAGAACAAACCCGAGAGGAGACUGAAACUGAGAAAAUGACUCAUCUAGAGAGUCUUGUUGAAUUAGGUCUGUCUUCUACUUUCAGUACAAUCCUUACUCAGUGUUCAAAGGAUAUCUUUAAGGUUGCCUUGGAGAAGGUCUUCAACUUCGCUGUUUCAAAUAUAUUUGAGACCAGAGUUGCGGGUCGAAUGGUUGCUGAUAUGUGCCGAGCUGCAGUAAAAUGUCGCCCUGAGGAAUCCUUGAAGUUGUUUGUACCACAUUGCUGCAAUGUUAUAACUCACCUCACAGUCAAUGAUGAUGUGUUACGUGAUGAAGAACUAGAUAAGGAGCUACUUUGGAAUCUUCAGCUUUUGUCAGAGAUCACUCGAGUGGAUGGAAAGAAGUUGCUACCAUACAGGGAGCAGCUUGGGAAGAUACUGCAGCGAACCCUACAUCUAACCUGUAAGCAGGGUUACAUUCUGUCUUGUAACCUACUGCACCAUCUUCUUCGUUCUGCUACACUUAUCUACCCCACAGAGUACUGCAGUGUGCCAGGUGGCUUUGACAAGCCUCUUUCUGAAUACUUUCCUAUCAAGGACUGGGGUAAACCAGGUGACCUGUGGAACUUGGACAUCCAGUGGCAUGUUCCUUCAUCUGAGGAAAUAGACUUUGCUUUUUAUUUGCUGGAUACAUUUCUUCAGCCUGAGCUCACCAGACUAGAGGACUAUUCAACUGGAAAAUUAGAAAUGUCCAGAGAUGAUGUGCAGCAAUGUCUUGCUAUAGUGCAUAACUGCUUGAUUGGUUCUGGGAACAUUCUGCCUCCUCUGAAAGGAGAAAGGGUGGCUCAUCUGGUCCCAAGUCUGGUGUCCUUGGAAGAGACAAAACUGUACACUGGUGUUGAAUAUGAUUUAUCAAGAGAGAAUUAUCGGGAAACAAUUGCAAGGGUUACGAGGAAAUUGCUGCGCUAUAUACUUGAUCAUUCAGAAGAUGAUACCAAGUCUUUAUUUCUAAUAAUAAAGAUUAUUAGUGAUGUUUUACAGUUCCAAGGGUCUCACAAGCAUGAGUUUGAUUCACGAUGGAAAAGCUUUAAUCUAGUGAAAAAAUCAAUGGAGAACAGGCUUCAAGGAAAGAAACAGCAUAUCAGAGCUUUGCUGAUAGACAGAGUUAUGUUGCAGCAUGAGCUGAGAACACUAACAAUGGAAGGCUGUGAAUAUAAAACUUCCCACCAGGAGAUGAUCAGAGAUCUUUUGUGUUUGUCGACAAGUUCAUAUGGUCAGGUCAGAAGUAAAGCUCAGCAAGCAUUCUUCACAGCUCUGGGAACGUACAAUUUUUGUUGCAGAGAUAUAAUCCCUUUGGUUUUGGAGUUCUUGCGUCCAGACCGGCAAGAUGUCACUCAAAAGCAAUUUAAAGGUGCCUUAUAUUGUCUUCUUGGAAAUCACAGUGGAGUGUGUUUGGCCAAUCUUCAUGAUUGGGACUGUAUUGCACAGACGUGGCCAGCAAUUGUUUCUUCUGGGCUUAGCAAAGCUAUGUCCUUGGAAAAACCCUCCAUAGUUAGACUUUUUGAUGACCUAGCAGAAAAAAUCCAUCGGCAGUAUGAAACAAUUGGAUUGGACUUUGCAGUUCCAGAUAAUUGCAUUGAGAUAGCUGUUAUGCUACAAAAAUCAGAACACCCAAGUUCAAACUUCACAGGUCUUCCUUCAGAAGAAAUUCAGUUAGGAAUUCAGCGACAGAAAGAAAAGAAUGCCGAGGCUCUGCGAAACUAUGAACAUUUGGUCAACAUGCUGCUGGACUGUGUAGAACAAAGAAAUCUUCCCUGGAAGUUUGAGCACAUCAGCAUUGGUUUUCUGUCUCUGCUUCUGAGGGAUGAUAGGAUACUGCCUGUCCGUGCCAUAAAAUUUUUUGUGGAGUGUCUCAACCAUGAUGCAAUUGUAGUUCGUAAGGUGGCCAUCUCAGCUGUGGCUGGUAUUCUUAAGCAGCUUAAGAGAACACACAAGAAAGUACCCAUCUGCCCUUAUGAAAUAAGUGGAAACCCAAAGCCUUCCAGCAUUCAGGCUGGUGACAGACCAGAUAACCAGUGGCUGCACUAUGACAGUCAGAGUUUACCAAAGACUAAGGAAGCUUGGGAGUCCUGUUGUUUUGUGGAGAAAACACACUGGGGAUAUUAUACCUGGCCUCAAACGAUGACAGUUUAUGCCCCGGUUGAGCAUCAACCAAAGCUUGGGCGAAGGAGAGAUGAGCUGACAGAGGCAGAACAAAUUAUAUAUGAUCACUUUUCUGAUCCCAAGUUUGUUGAGCAGUUAAUUAAAUUUUUAUCUUUGGAAGACAGAAAAGGAAAAGACAAAUUUAAUCCUCGCAGAUUUUGUCUCUUCAAGGGCCUUUUCAGAAACUUCGAUGAUGCCUUCUUGCCAGUUCUUCAGCCCCAUUUAGAACGACUUGUGGCAGACUCCCAUGAAAGCACCCAGAGAUGUGUAGCUGAAAUUAUAGCAGGCUUAAUAAGAGGUUCUAAACACUGGACGUUUGAAAAGGUGGAAAAACUUUGGAAGCUUCUCUGUCCAUUGCUCCGAACAGCUUUAUCCAACAUCACAGUGGAAACGUAUAAUGAUUGGGGCACCUGCAUAGCAACCUCCUGUGAGAGCAGAGAUCCUAGGAAACUGCACUGGUUAUUUGAAUUGCUGUUGGAAUCUCCAUUGAGUGGUGAAGGAGGAUCCUUUGUAGAUGCAUGCCGACUUUAUGUGCUGCAAGGUGGCCUUGCACAGCAGGAGUGGAGAGUACCAGAGCUGCUGCACAGACUGCUGAAGUACUUGGAACCUAAACUCACACAGGUUUACAAAAAUGUACGAGAGAGAAUAGGAAGUGUUUUGACCUACAUAUUCAUGAUAGAUGUUUCCUUGCCAAAUACUGUUUCAACAAAAUCUCCUCGUGUCCAUGAAUUUACUACCCGGAUACUUGAAAAUCUUAAACCCCUCAUGGAAGCAGAUGAAGAAAUUCAGAAUCACAUUAUGGAAGAGAAUGGAGUUGGUGAACAAGACGAGAGAACUCAGGGCAUUAAACUCUUGAAAACUAUUCUGAAGUGGUUGAUGGCAAGUGCAGGACGGUCCUUCUCUACAGCUGUUACGGAGCAACUCCAGCUGUUACCUUUAUUUUUCAAGAUUGCACCAGUAGAAAAUGACAAUAGCUAUGAUGAGCUCAAAAGAGAUGCUAAGAUGUGUCUGUCAUUAAUGUCUCAGGGUUUGCUGUAUCCUCAGCAAGUGCCUUUGGUACUUCAGGUGCUAAAACAAACAGCAAGAAGCAAUUCUUGGCAUGCUAGGUAUACCAUAUUAACCUACCUCCAGACCAUGGUGUUCUACAAUCUCUUCAUCUUUCUCAACAAUGAAGAAGCAGUCAAUGACAUUAGAUGGCUGGUUAUAAAACUCCUGGAAGAUGAACAGCUUGAGGUGAGAGAAAUGGCUGCCACUACACUAAGUGGGCUGCUACAGUGCAAUUUCCUCACGAUGGAUGGUCCUAUGCAGACCCACUUUGAACAGCUGUGCAAGAUGAGGUUACCCAAAAAACGCAAGCGAGACCUGGGAUCAGUGGGGGAUACAAUUCCUUCUGGGGACUUGGUGAAGCGCCAUGCAGGUGUCCUGGGACUUAGUGCGUGUAUUUUGUCAAGUCCAUAUGAUGUACCCACCUGGAUGCCACAGCUCCUGAUGGAUCUCAGUGCCCACCUUAAUGAUCCUCAGCCUAUUGAGAUGACUGUGAAGAAAACGCUGUCAAAUUUCCGGAGGACCCAUCAUGACAACUGGCAGGAGCAUAAACAGCAGUUCACAGAUGACCAGCUACUAGUGCUUACUGACCUCUUGGUUUCACCAUGCUAUUAUGCAUAGAUAGGUACGAUUCUUUGACACAAACUGACAGAAACAGCAGCCUUAUGAAACCUACUCUAGCUCUCCAGUCUAGCAUGGAGUAGGGCGGAAUCUCUACUCCACAUGGAGAAUUAAGUCCCUUGCACCUCCAGUGGUCUUUUCAAGAUGGGAUUUAUUUCAACUGAAUCUUGUCCAUCUUAUUGUGUGUCCCUGUAUUACACUAGUGUUUUGUUAAGAUGCUCACACUUCUGUCUUCUUGAAUAUUGAUGUUCCUUUUCUCCAUUUUCUGCCAGCUGGCUGCCUUUUAAAUGCCUGGCAGUUCCGCUAAGGGCAAGGCAUUUGCUGCUUUGUACUUCUGAUGCCUCUGAGGACUUUAGCCUUCCACCCAGUCCAGUAUAUCAUCUACAGCUCAUGAUGGGGAAUGACUGCUACCAAACUGUUUCCUCUUCCACAGUAUGGCUUUGCCAUCGGGUCACUUCACACAGGCAUGUCCCCAAAGAGUGAACCCAUUCCUGGAGUUUCUCUUUGUUACGCUACAAGAUUCUGAUCUCUAUUGUAUUGUGAUGUUUUGUGACAGUAUUCCAAGAGAAGACUUAAUUUGUGUUUUUAUUUUGUUCUGUGCUAAUAGCACAAGUCAGUAAUUCUGUUUUGAAUUCUUGCUUUGAAUUCUUUCUUCUUUCUUUUCAGGCUUCUCCUGGAAACAUGAGAAUGUAGGAACCGUUCUGCAAAAUAAAGGAAACUCAAAUUUAUCAUGUAGAAUAUUUUGUGUUGGAAAUCCUGAUGCCUAAUCAAAACCACUUAUAAAUACAAACAUAAAGACCUGGUUCUAUUAAGAAAGAAUUUCACCUCCCCAGGGAGCAGCUGUGGUAGCCCCACAGUCUCCUCCUAGCUCCACUUGUGGAGCCUGAUCCUGAGUUUCUUGCAAGACCCUUGUUAUUGGCCUGCAUUACACAUCAGUCUUGUUUCUGCUUUCUGCCACACAGUGACUUACACUGCACAUUUCUUACCCUCUUUUUCUGAUCCUUCUUCCCAGCUAUUUCCCACAACAAAGAUAAGCAGAACCAGAGUGCUCCAAACAGGAAUAUCCUCAGUAAAGCCCUCCAAUUCUGCUGAUGCAACUUCUUACCUAGUCAGCAUCCAGUACCAGGAACCUCUCUUUGCCUCAGAGUUUAUUUUUCACUACUUGGAUAUGAAUGCCCAUUGGGUGACAGCGGGCUCUGUAUCAUUCAGUCCACCUCAGGGCAGGAUUGCUUUUUUGGUAUCUUCCUUGUUAAAAUGUAAAUAGCUGAUCUCUGUGCAGUAUAGAUGAUGGCAGGACAAAAUGUGGGGAGUGAAAGCUCUGGCAGCCUGGCCGGGUCUUCAUAGGUAGCUUGACCACGUGUGGAAUAAAAUUCUGUGGUUAUCUGCAUAUUUUUAAGGGUGAAAGACUGUGGGUGUUCCCACAUAAUUAGAGCUCACAGGUAUGAAAUUAUAGACUAUCAAGUGAUGGUUGAAUUCCCAGAAUGAAAUGUGUGCACGGUGUGAAAAGGCACUGAAUGGCUGACUGUUUGUAAUGACAUAUUCUCAUAAAGAUUGUCACUGUUUGAGCAAGCAUAUCUUGUUCGAAGAUUGUGGAAGCUCUGUAUGUUUUUUUUGCCUGCGGCUGUGUUCAGAGACUGGUAUCUAUUGGCUAUUUAACAACAUGUUUAAUAUGUGUAAAAGACUGUAUAAAUUGUAGAGGCAUUGCAUUGACAAAACAUUGUACAGUUUGCAACCUUUUACAUAACACCAUUGUGAGAUUAAUUUGUAAAGAUUCAUACUUAGAUGUUAAUACGGUAGUAGUUCUGGCUUUUGUAUCAAAUCAAAUGCCAUUAUUAGUUUUUUAAAUUAUUUUCUUUAACAGAAUAUCUCCUUGUGUCUGAAAGGCAGAGAUUUUGUUUUGGUUUUCUUGUAUCUCGUUAUUACUACGUGUCAUUCAGAUUUUAAUGCAACACUUGCAGCCAUCUCUAAAUGCUGACAUCACGUAUUCUGGUGUGACAGGUUCAUAGAAUGUGAGGUACAUUGAAAUAAUUCAUAAACUGGUGUGUGUUUCAGCUUUCAUGCAACCCCACAGGAGCACUGAUACAUUUCGAGUGAUCUACCUGCUGAGUGUGUGAUUCAUUCCAAACUUCAAAGCACAGCAGUGUUCCUGGUGCAGUAUUUAAUGAGUGUCAGCACACAGAUGUAACCACUGUAUAGUGUAGUGCCAAAAUUAUUAUUUCAAUUGUGUAUGUAGUUUAAGACCCAAUAAAUGGAUUGUUUGUA